AUGUCCUCACCCUCAGUAUCCGUUUCAGAGGAGUUGGAACAGCGAAAUAGACUUCCGACUCUACUGGAGGUUCUGGGUAGAAGAACACUUGCCCCAACCGACCUUUUCUCAUUUUACAUUUACAUGAGAGACCAGCAACGGUCAGUGGACUACCUCGACUUUUGGCUCGAUGUUUCACAGCAUAUGUCGCUUUGCAGGCAUUACGUCCGAGAGCUCAGAAGGUCCAUGCUGGUGGAAACCCCAGAGCUGGAGAAAGCCCCAAGCAAACGAACAUCGGAAGGAUUGGACAAUUUCAGGAUGGAUGGGGACUCUCCUCCCAACAGUGAAAAGCUAGAAAGUCAGGACCAGGCUGUCUCCGACUAUUUACGCUCACAGAAUGGUAAUGGCAAGAAUGGGAAGGCUGGACAUAACAACCACUCACCCCGCGGCAGUCUAGGAUCACGGCAUUCGGAGAUAAAAGCAGCAUCUCUCGAAAGGCCUCGACCCAGCUUCAAGAACUCAGACGAUACUCAGACAAAUUCAAAUUCUCCAGGCCAUACAGUCGCACGGGCCGACAUCCGCGCCAGCGCAGAGAAGAUCCUCUACACAUUCGUCCUACCAGGAUCAGAACGCGAGAUUGUGCUUCCCGAGAUGAUACUCAACCGCAUCAUCCAUGCCAUUGAAGAAGAAGGCCGUGACGACCCUGAAGUCUUCAACGACGCAAAAGAAUACGUCUUCCAAGCCAUGGAACGCGAUGCAUUUCCCGGCUUCCUUCAAGCCAAAGCGCUGGGAAAUCUCGUCCCACUCAGUGUUCUCCUGAGGCUUGGUCUUGGCCUAGCGUGCCUCUUCGCGGGAUUGUGGGGUGGCUACUACAUGAUCCUGACAAACAAAUCGAGGGCCACUAGAUGUUGGCUCAUCAUCCCCUACCUCCUCGGCUCCCACCUCCUGGUAGCCUACCAAUACAAGAUCGACGUCUUCAUGGCCUUCUUCAGCUACAGCGAAUACACCUUCAUGAACUGGUCCAAGAUCAGGGAACCGUAUGUGCGCAAACUCAUCAUGAAGAGGGCCUUGAUGGCCUUUGUGCUUUUUCAUGUUAUUGCGCUUCUGUUGCUCGUCUUAUUCAUCUUUGUGCCGGGAACGAAUUUCUGA